CGUAGCACGCAUCCUCGAUGCAUUCGAGAACAAAAGCUACUGUUCGGCCGUCUUCCUGGAUGUCAAGCAGGCGUUCGACAGAGUGUGGCAUCCUGGACUCCUCUACAAACUCAAGUCCCACCUUCCCAGUUCACACUAUGCCCUACUCAAAUCGUAUACUGAAGGAAGAGAGUUCCAAGUGCGAUGAGGUUCCUCAACCAGCACGCCAAAGCCCAUACGAGCCGGAGUACCUCAAGCAGCCACCUAUGCAGAUGACACGGCGUUCCUUGCCACUGCAACAAACCCUCAACAGAGGCAACUGGAUGCAUUGGAUCCAUGGCUGAAACGCUGAAACAUCGUGAUCA